UCAAAUUGAGAUUGAAUUGAACAACUCCCCGUUGAGAUUCCCGGAAGCUUCUUCGAUCCUCGAUUCUCCGCCACUGUAUUUUUUUCCAACGCGGAAUUCGGGGAUUGGAGGAAAUCUAGCCCGGAACAAAUCCAGGAAAUCCUUUUUCCCCUGUCGAAUUAUCCUCGUCGGAGCUCUCUCUCUCUCUCUCUCUCUCUCUCUCUCUCUCUCCAUAGACAAACAAGAAAGAGAUGGGGACUCCGGCGUUUCCGAAUCUGGGGAAACACUGCAGCGUUGACGAUUGCCGCCAGAUCGAUUUCCUCCCCUUUACAUGCGAUUGCUGCCAAAAGGUGUACUGUCUCGAUCACCGAAGCUACAGUCGGCAUCAAUGUCCGAAAGGCAACAAACACGAUGUCACCGUCGUCAUCUGCCCCCUCUGUGCAAAAGGGGUCCGAUUAAUCCCCGAGGAAGAUGCCAACAUCACGUGGGAAUCACACGUAAACACAGAAUGCGAUCCAUCAAAUUACGAACAAGCCACCAAGAAAAAGAAAUGCCCCGUGCCUCGAUGCAGAGAGAUUCUAACAUUCUCGAACAAAAUCAAAUGCAGGGAUUGUGAUAUCGACCAUUGUCUGAAACACCGAUUCGGGCCCGACCACACAUGUCCUGGGCCUAAAAAGCCCGAACCCGCGUAUCAGUUCAUGGGCAGCUUUCUCAAUAGAAGCAAGAAAGAUCAGCCAAGAAAAGAAGCUGCUGCAGCCGCCACGUCAUCAAAUUGGGCCUCGAGUUUUCUCAAGGUAGCUUCAUCAAAUUGGGCGAAAUUGAGCAACGAGUUUAGUCAGACGUUGAGUACUACUACUAACGGAACAGGACAGAGCAGCGGUAGUAGUAGUAGUAGUAGUAGCCAGAGUGGAAAAACGGAAGUUUGCCCACAGUGCAAGUUGAGAUUCGCUAAUGUAGGAGCUCUUGUGGAACAUGUGGAGAGAGUUCACGAACGGAACGGGGUUAUGAAGGUGACCCUUGAUGUGUGCCCUAAAUGCAGUAAAGGAUUCCGGGAUCCCGUUUUGCUUGUACAGCAUGUGGAGAGAGAGCACGGAGGUGUAUCGAAAGCUUAAAAUCGGAAAGUGAGUUGUUGUCAAAUGUUUGUUUGGGAAUUUAAUUGUGUGCACAGCAGUAAGCUAUUCUUUGAUUUGGAUUGUGUUGUUUUUAAACACAUGUUGUACUAUGUAGUUAGUUAAAGACAAGUUUGGCCUUCUUCUUCUGAAUAUUCACGAAUUCUAAAUUCUACAAUUCUUUCUCAGACCCUUUUAAAGGGCUACAAGAAAA